AUGACUUCUGAACCAUCAUCAUCAUCUCACAUCGCUGUCGGCGGCGCUACAUCUGGCCUUGCCGUCAAUCUUCACCCUCUUCCUAUUCUGAAUGUAUCUGAUCAUCUGAAUCGGACUCGUCUGGUCGCAAGUCAAUGCACCAAAGUCAUCGGGGCUUUGCUCGGCACCGAGACCAAUCGAGAGAUUUCUAUAGUCAAUUCAUUUGAGCUGAUCAUUGGCUCUGCCGAUGGAGAUGUGGAAAUGGAAGAAAGUAGUGCAUCGUCGAGUCGACCAAUCGACGGUCAAGCCUUGAAUUUGAGCUUUCUCGAAGCUCGAAAGGACCAAUUCAAGCAAGUCUUCCCAGCUCUGGAUAUCGUUGGAUGGUAUUCUGUCGGCGAAUCUCCUUCUACCGAGGAUGUUUCCCUUCAUCAAGAGUUCGCCGAAAUGGUUGACACUCCCAUCUUUCUUCUUUUCAAUCCCAAUGACCGACCUGGAUCUCAGACUCUGCCAAUCACCAUAUUCGAGUCAGCUUUGGCGGAGGGAGGAAAAGAUGAAGUAAAUGGAGGGAGAUUUGUGGAGCUCGCAUAUGGGAUAGAAACCGGAGAAGCAGAGAGAAUUGCUGUCGAUGGUGUGUCCAGAGGAGGUAUGGGAGGGGAAAGAGAAGAAAGCAUAGUCGUCGCCAACCUUACCACCCAAAGGAAUGCCAUCAGAAUGUUGUAUGAACGCAUAGCUGUCCUGCUGCAAUAUAUCACAGUGGUCAUCAACGAAAAUGCCAAGCCAGACCAUCCAAUUCUUCGUCAAAUCUCCGCUUUGGUGGCAUCUCUUCCUACUAUGGAUGCUAAGGAGUUUCGAGAUGAGCUUGUCACAGAAUACAGCGAUGUUCAAUUAACCGCAUAUUUGACGAAUCUGACGAAGCAACUCAAUGCUCUCAGCGAGUAUGCUGAUAAAUAUAACGUUCUCCACCCUCCACCCUCUGAGGACUUUGGAGGCUCUCAUGGUGGAAUGCGGGGCGGACGUGGAUUUGGUGGGUUUGAGAUGGGAGGAAGUACCGUAAGAAGGAACAGGAGAUAG